UACGAGGGAUGAAUGCCCGGCUGAUCCUAAGGCAGCUUCCGAACCAUUUGAUCUUUCGCAUCCUGCACUAUUCCCUGAUCUCCCAGCAACUACGGGACGAACUAGGAGUCUCUGCAGGAUCCUCAAGGUUAAAAAGGUCCGAAAACAAAGCCUUGGAGUGGCAGCCCUUCGUCCUGUGGCUGGCCAACCUUUUACUGAAUUAUUCCGGUGAUAUCCUGGGAAAUAUGCUAUUGGGUAGUCUCCCACUGGAACCUCUCUGCAAUACUGCAGAUAUCUUUCUAAGUUCAUUAAUCUGUAGGUACUGCAUAUUUUACUGCCCCUUUGACUUGGGGCACGCCGUGGCCGACACAAUGGCCUUCCGCAUCCUAGCCACCGCCAUGUCGACAAUCAGUCAGGUUCAGCUUAUAGAUCGAGGAGUUCAUUUGGCAGGACAGGUCUACGGAAAUGCUCCAGUUCCGAUGCUGAUCGUUGGUACUGUUAUGGGCAGUGGAGCAGAGGUACUUAAGCCGGUGGCGAGUCUUUUAAUAAACAGAUGUCAACGCAAUCAGAUGGCAUACCUCAAGCUAAGCAACAACUCGAAACUGGCUCUAUUCCUUUCCGUCAUCUUCAUGCUCGAAAUCUACGAAAGUCCCCUCAUUGUGGGUUUGACCCAUCAUCAACUUCUAGUCUACAUGCUGGUAAUGACCACUGCCUUUAAGUUCCUAUCGCUAACCUAUCGAACGGACCAUUUUAUUUGGAAUUUCGAGCAUCAGAUACGAUACACCUUUUUUGGUGGCCUCUCGAGGGACUUAAACGAGUUCUUCCAACGCCAGCAGGAGCCUAAAUUGCGGCGAGCGUGGGCGUUUUCAGAAUUCGAUUGA